AACAAGCAGACUGUAAACGCUUUUUGACAAAAAAUUAGUUCUGUGUUUUUACAAAUUUAGUUUAGUGACAUAAGAAUGCCGCAUGUAAAACAACCGCGAGUAACAGAGCCGCUCUGGCAUUCAUGGGACUAUAAAGCACAGAAAAAGGGUCUUCAUAAUACAGUUUUCUCUGUUAACGGUGACGAAUUCACUGGAGAAUGGUUAAACAACAAAAAACACGGCAAAGGUACCAAAGUUUGGAAAUCCAGUGGUGGAAUUUAUGAUGGCGACUGGAAAUUUGGCAAACAAAACGGAUUUGGAACUUUGAGUUUUCCAGAUAAAGGAUCGGAUACUUUUAAGAAACAAUAUUCAGGGGGGUGGAAAAAUGGCAUGAAACAUGGAUAUGGAACUUUCUUUUAUUGCGAUACCGAGUAUUAUGAAGGGGAAUGGUAUGCAGACAAUAGGUGUGGCUGGGGUAGGAUGUAUUUUGCUGAUGGUUCAGUGUAUGAAGGGGAAUGGGAUGAAGACAAAUGCUGCGGAAGAGGAAUGCUAAGACAAGCAAAUGAUAAUCGUUACGAAGGCGAAUGGAAAGGAGGGAAAAAAAAUGGGCACGGCAAAUUUUUCUACCUUAAUAGUGGCCAGGUUUAUGAAGGUGUUUGGGUUGAUGAUAUACCCAAGUGUGGAUGUAUGACUGACUUUGGAAGAGAUGGCGCACCUCAACCUACAGUUUACCCAAUUCCAAAAAUCCAACUGGUAGACCCAGAAGCCGUUGUUGCCAAUUCUGAAGAUACUUUCAUUUCAGACGACAUCUAGAUAGAUUUACAACUGUUUUAGAACACUGUGACGGCAUACAGUUUAUGUCACUGCCAAAAAUACACCUUUCAGUCUGUUCGAUUUUUUGUUACAACAAAUAGGCUUAACUAAGCUUAAAUUGAAUUCAAUUCAUUUUCCCUUAAUUCUACAUAAUGCAUUUAAAUAUAUUUAUAGUACUUUUAUUCAUUUGCUAACGUAACUCUAUUGAUUGCUAUGUUAACAAAAUAGAAAUAACUCAAAUGCCAUAGAAAAUAACAGUGCACCUACAUUAAUUGAUACUGCUUAAAUUAUGAAAUAUGAUUAUUUAAAAAUACCUGGUGUUAAAAUUAUGACAAGAUAUAUAAAUUCCUGCAAAUAAUAA